UCUUUGUCCCGAGCCUUAUGUAAGAGCUUUUCUUGGGAAACAGGAAGUCCUGCCUGCCAAGUUCAGCACAGGGAGUAGUGCAGGCCUUAUUCCAACACACCCGGCCUGGCCUUAACCCCAGAACUCAGCCAGUUUCUUGCUUCCGCGACCCUGGUUCUCCUCCCCACUGACGCCCUCCCCUUCUUUCCCACCUUUGGUCUCUCUCAGCAAAAACUGCCCCGGAGAUCUCGCCUGUGUCCCGGCCAGAGGGUCUUCCCCUCUCACCCCUUGACCCUCAGUGCUGCCCAGCUCGUCCCUCCAUCCCAGCUCCUGGCACCAUGCCCCAUAGCCAGCCAACCUUCCCUCCCCCACUUCUGGGGCCGCCCUGGGGUUCCUGCGCUCUGGCCGCUCCUCCUGGGUGUCACUGGCAGCCCUGUCCUUCUUAGAGAGACUGACACCAAAUUCUCCUGAGGCUGGAGGAGGGUGAGGGGUCUCAGGACAACACUGGCCCCACAGCGGGGUGCCAGGAGCACCAACAGUGCCCCGAGCUUGCUUUCUGCCUCCCUCCUUUUCAUUCUCAAGUUCCUUUUUAUUUCUCCCUUGCGUAACGCCCUUCUUCCCUUCUGCACCACUGCCUGCACCCCGACCCUCCCUGUCACCUCCUUGCUACCCCACUCCUGAGGCUACAGCUGUUGGCAGGGUCCCCAGCUCAUGCCGGCCUCAUCUCCUUCUUUACUAGCCCCCAAAGGGCCCCCAGGAGACAUGGGGGGCCCAGUCCGAGAGCCGGCACUCUCAGUUGCCCUCUGGUUGAGUUGGGGGGCGGCUCUGGGGGCUGUGGCUUGUGCCAUGGUUCUGCUGACCCAACAAACAGAGCUGCAGACCUUAAGGAGAGAGGUGACCCGGCUGCAGAGGACCGGAGUGCCCUCCGAGAAGGGGGAAGGGUAUCUGUGGCUGAGCCCCCGGGAGCAGAUCCUGGAGGACAGCCAGCACCAAGACUCAGGUUGCUGGGGAAAGAGCUCUGAUGGUGUGGAAGCCCGGGAGAAUGGGGAGAGAUCCCGGCGAAGGAGAGCAGUGCUCACCAAAAAACAGAAGAAGAAGCGCUCAGUCCUUCAUCUUGUUCCCGUUAACAUCACCUCCAAGGAGGACUCUGAUGUGACAGAGGUGAUGUGGCAACCAGCUCUCUGGCGUGGGAGAGGCCUGGAGGCCCAAGGAUAUGUCAUUCGAGUCUGGGAUGCUGGAAUUUAUCUGCUGUACAGCCAGGUCUUGUUUCAUGAUGUGACUUUCACCAUGGGUCAGGUGGUGUCCCGGGAGGGCCAGGGAAGGCAGGAGACUCUAUUCCGAUGUAUACGAAGCAUGCCCUCCAACCCCGACUGGGCCUACAAUAGCUGUUACAGCGCAGGUGUCUUCCAUUUACACCAGGGGGACACCCUGAGUGUCAUAAUCCCCCGGGCAAGGGCGAAACUUAGCCUCUCUCCACAUGGAACCUUCCUGGGGCUUGUGAAACUGUGAUUGUGUUGUAAAAGGUGGUUCUGAGCUUGGAAGACCAGGGUGGGUUCAUUUGGGAGACAGCCAAGAGCUGACUAGACAAAGGACAAGGAACAGUCAGGAACAGAGGCCUCUUCUGGGUUUGACUGGAAUCCCAGGUUUGACAGCUCAUGACUCUCCCUUCCUCCCUUCUCCCCCCCCCCCCAGGACUUUGAAUUCAUGGAUAUUAAAGAGAUAGUAGA